UCAACACAAGAUUUUGUGGUUUGUUUGUUGCUUUGUGUACCCAUACACCAUAUGACAAAUACUUUUCCAUUAAAAAUUAAGUGUUUUCAGAAACCAUACACUAAUCAAUCAUAAUGGAGGCAAACGACUAUAAAACCCUGGGGAAUAGUUGCUUCGUCAAUAAGGAAUACGCAAAAGCAAUUGAAUUUUAUGGUAAAGGAUUGCGAAUCUGCAAGAAAGAAGAUUCCAUCAAUUUAUUCGCAAAUAGGGCGGUCUGUUAUAUCAAGUUAGACUGCUUCCAGAAAGCUUUAAAUGAUACGAUAGCAGUCUUGGAACAAGAUCCGUUGCAUGAAAAAGGAAUAUUUCGCCACGUAAAAUGUCUUUGGGGUUUAGGCCGCUACGAAUCUGCUCUGACCUUUAUAAACUCCAAGUUGGCCAAAAACCCUCAGCUCUUUUCCAGCAAAGAACUUCUCGACCUACGCCGCAACACUGAGGCCUGUUUCCAUCAGAGCAAGACAGGUCAGUAUGACAUUCUCGAGUUGAUGAGGCACCAGCAAGAAAAACCCCUCGAGCCCCUAGAAAAUGUUGCUGAAUACGUGGGUCCGAUUAAAAUUAGGGAUGUUCCCGGCAAGGGACGAGGUAUCCUUGCAGAGGAGGACAUAAAAACUGGGCAACUCAUAAUGUGCUGCAAACCAUUCGCUUUCUAUCCAUAUUCCGACGAAGAAAUGGGCAGUAGAUCCAACUUUGCCUUGGUGGAUUGCAUCCUCGAAAAACUGUCCAUUGAACCACAAUUUCGUAAAGAAGUAUUUCCCCUCCACACCCCCCUCCCGACAGACUUGUGUCUAGAAAUGUCACAAGAAGAUCUCGAACUAGCUCAACUUCACGCAAUCAUUGCUAACAAUUCUUUUGAAUUUAACGGCAGUGGUGGUCUCCUUCAUAGUAACCAUACUUAUUUUUGGUCAGGCCUUUGGAUCUUGCCGUCAUACAUUAAUCACAGUUGUUCAGGGUCAAACUGUACGUGGUCAGUGUACGGUGAUACAUUUUUCGUCCGUGCGGUGCGCCCAAUAAAUAAAGGAGACGAAAUUCUCAUUAGCUAUGUCAAUAUUACAUGGCCGUACAAACAUCGACUUAGUGUUAUUCGAGAUCACAAAUUUGAAUGUGAUUGUGACCUGUGUCAAUAUGAGGAAGGAGAGGAUGAAGACACGGUGGAGGAAAGAGAACAAAUUUUCGAUCAAUUGGAAGAAAUUUAUGACAUGGAUGGAUUGAUGCCCAAGCAGACGAUCAUAGAUUGUUUCAACAAACUGGAUUCACUGCGCAAUGACUCCCCUCAUCUAAAUUUUCCCCUCGCUAAUGUAAAAGUUAUCAGAGUUCUGCAACGAUUUCUAGUCGAAAGAGACACCACUGCAAGUACCACCCAGGUCCGCAUCAUGUUUGAAAGGAUUCAUUCCGUCACAAAGAACACGGCUCAUGCAAAGUUCGUCGUUUCUUUGUGUCUCAAUGUACUGAAUUGUUUGAUGGAGGACGCCACCUCAGAAACUGGGACGAUUCAAGGGUGGAUUAAGCAAUUGAAGAAUGAUUUAAUAGCAGCUCAUGGGUCCCCAAAGGCGUUAUUAUAUGUGGGUCCGGAUAUGUUGGAACUAUUGAAAGAUAUGUUACAUGCAAAUGACUUCUUGUAGUAGGGUGCAGUAAUUAUUUACCUAGAUAAAUUAUUGUGUAACUUGUUACUUAUAUUAAUUCAAAGUAUUAUUUUGUCUUUGUCAUCAUGUGUUAGUUAUCGAAUAUCAAAUUAAGUAAUUACCUGUUUAAAUUGCUCAAUUUUACAAUUUGGUAUUUAUGUAUCUUAUUUUUGCACAUUUGGUAUAUAAAUUUUCUCACAGUUGAAUAACUUGGAA